CUGUCUGAUGACAGGACGCCACCCGGUGGACGGAGGUUGAAAUGAGCUUCACUAUCUGAUUGGGAUCUCUGAGAUCCUUCACUCUGUUCAGCUCUGUGGUGGGACUGGAGGUGGACAGUCUGGACCCUCAGACUCACUGAGGUGCAGGACUGUCAGAUGAACAUCAAGAAUCCUUUCAGACAAAAGAAAAACGUCCGCAGGUUGGAUCAAAGCGUCAUUUUCACACUGAAUUUAUCUUCUUUAAAAUCAGUUUUCAGCUAACAGGAAACCACAGCAGUCUCAGAGGAAGGAGGAGGGUUUGACUUGAUGUGACUACGAACCGAGCAAAGCGUCACAUCAGCGAGUGUCAGGAUGGAGGAAACACCUCGACUGUGGCUGCUCUCUCUGGUCUCACUGCUGAGCACAACAAGCCUACAAGCCUCUCUGACUGUGAGUCCCAGCAGCUCUCAGCUCCUUAAAGGACAGUCCGUCUCUCUGAGCUGUGAGGACGACAGAUCUGCUGGAUGGACGGUGAGGAGGAACACGACCAAAGACUCCAGAGCUGAGUGUGGAGGAACCUGGGGAAGACCAGCUGGUUCUUCAUGUACCAUCGGCUACACGGUCCCAUGGGACACUGGAGUUUACUGGUGUGAGUCCAGAGACGGAGCAACCAGUCAGAGCGUCAACCUCACUGUCCCUGAUGGACCAGUGAUCCUGCAGAGUCCUGUCCUCCCUGUGGAGGAGGGGGACGACCUGACUCUGCGCUGCAGGACAAAGACACGUCCCUCCAGCCUCACCGCUGAGUUCUAUAAAGAUGGCUCCCUCAUCAGGGCGGAGCCUACAGGAAACAUGACCAUCCACCGUGUGUCCAGGUCUGAUGAAGGCCUCUACAGGUGCAGCAUCAGCAGUCAUGGAGAGUCUCCACCCAGCUGGAUCUCCGUCACAGGUAAACCUAAAACCACAGCCCCGCCCACACCUACAACCCCGCCCACUUCUGCUGCCUCCACCCGCCUCCACCUGGUGUUCAGACUGGUCUGCCACCUGGUGGUGUUGUGCCCAUACAGCAUCUCCACUGUCCUCAUGGUGUCUGUAUAUCGACGCAGGCCCAAAGGAACUGACCUGCCUGUCUCCAUGGUGAUGGCCCCGCCCACGCAGGUUGAGGAGGGAUUGGAUGAUUCCUAUGAUGAUGUCAUCAGUGAUGUCACCACAGAGCGUCACUUCUGAGCCGACCUGAUUGGACGCGUUGCAGCCAGUGAAACUCCUCCCUGAGGAAGUCCACCUGUUCUGACUGGACUGGUGGACGUGACCCAGAGAAAGAGACUGAGCUGAACCUGAUUCAUCAUCCACAAACCUGAACAAAUGGAUCGUACAAACAGCUGACAGAGUUUUGGUCCACAACAUGUUUUUACUGGCCGUCUCUUCUGUCAUGUUAGCAGUCAGGUUUUGUUGUCCAGGUGGUCGACUCUGAAUGAUCUGAACGUCUGUUGGAUGGAUUGUCAUGAAACCUGAGCUUUAACAAUACAUUUCAUCUUCACAGGAUCUGUUCUGAGGAAACACCAGCGACUUUAUCUGUCCCGGUCUCCUCAGUCUUCUCCCGUGAAGGUUCGGUUUUGGACUGUGGUCUGUUUGUUUGACGACGCUGUGUGUUUUGUGCUGCAGCCUGCAGUGAAUCUGUGAACUGAAGCUAACUGCUCUGCGCUCGUCCAGUUUCCUGUUUGUGAUCAAAAAUACUUCAGAUGAAUGAACAGGGAAACCGUUUGUGAAUGUGUACAUUUGUGUCUCUGUAUGCUCUGAACACCUGCAGUACAUGAAAACAUUUCUGAUGUGUUCGUUUGGGAUUCAUUAUGACAUGAAGUGAAAUCACGUCCGUAUUCUGUGCUGCAGCAGACUUCAUGUUGACCAAACACUUCAAUUCUCUGCGUUUGUGUUGACUCUGGCUCUGCGACUGACAAGAAGAAAAGUCCUGAAUGUCAGCAGGUUUCCUUUAAGAAGACAUUAAAGGUGAAAGCAAACGGG